AGUGUAGCGGUCCCGUCGGCAGAGUCCAUCAGCUCCGCCCGCUAUGCCCUUGGAUACUGCGGCAGCGUGCGUUUGUCUUCUCAUUUAACUUGCUCUGUGCCAGUUCUCCGGACCAUUGUUUUGAACUGUGGUAGUCACUGUCUGCAGUAUCGUGCACUGCGUUGAACCAAUGGAGAAAGUCCAAGGAUAACCCGGGCUGCAUGGUUGUGCUUCUGCAGGAGUCUGUCUGGCGCAUCUGAUAUUCUGAUGAUCUGACGCUGCAUGGAUACAGUAUGGCGACUUUUGUGAGCAGGGUUCAGUUCUUAGAUGAUACUGAUCCAUUCAACAGCACCAACUUCCCCGAGCCGACCAGACCACCUCUGUACACCUUCAGAGAGGACAUCCCUCUGAUCAAUCAGAUCUCUGGAGUCCACAGGCUGCUCAAGGCACCACAGAAGCCUGAUGACUGUGCCCUGCAGUUGUCCCAUAAUGGAAGUUACCUUGACCUGGAGUCCACCCUGGCAGAGCAGCGAGAUGAACUGGAAGGCUUUCAGGAGGAUGGAGGGAGAGGAAAGAAACACAGCAUUAUUCUUCGGACCCAGCUGUCAGUCAGAGUCCAUGCCUGCAUUGAAAAGCUGUACAACUCCACUGGCAGGGAGCUACGCCGAGCCCUUUUUUCCCUCAAGCAGAUAUUUCAGGACGACAAAGAUCUGGUCCAUGAGUUUGUGGUGGCAGAAGGACUCACGUGUUUGAUAAAAGUCGGAGCUGAGGCCGACCAGAACUACCAGAACUACAUCCUCAGGGCUCUUGGGCAGAUUAUGCUGUAUGUGGAUGGAAUGAAUGGACUCAUAUCUCACAAUGAAACAGUUCAGUGGCUCUACUCCCUGGUCGGAUCAAAGUUCCGCCUGGUGGUGAAGACUGCUCUGAAACUGCUGCUAGUGUUUGUGGAAUACACCGAGUCCAAUGCCACUCUGCUCAUUCAGGCUGUGAACACUGUCGAUGCCAAAAGAGGAACAAAGUUUUGGUCAAAUAUAAUGGAGAUCUUAGAUGAGAAGGAUGGAGUAGAUACGGAACUGCUGGUCUACGCCAUGACACUAAUCAAUAAGACCCUUGCCGGGCUCCCAGACCAGGAUUCGUAUUAUGACGUGGUGGACAGUCUGGAGGAGCAGGGCCUGGAGGCUCUGGCCCAGAGACACCUGAGCAGAAAGGGCACAGACCUCGACCUGGUGGAGCAGUUCAACAUUUAUGAGAUGGUCCUAAGACAUGAGGACGGUGACGAGGAGACCCAGUUACCUCCGAGUGGGCGUAAGGACCGCAGACGGGCCAGUGUAGGGUGCACCUCAGAGGGGCGGGGCUUAGAGCGGAGACGCAGCCGCAGACAUUCACUCCAAAACAACAGAGGACACGUCUCUGCCCCAGCAUCGCCCUGCAGUCCCUAUACACACGGGACCGGCUUCUUGUCUUUUGGAGGUCCCAGGGUGGAGGACAUCAGUGAGAGUGUGACAGAAACAUCUCACGCAAACAGCUCUAGUACACCUUUAACACCUAGAAAGCCCUGCUGGGCCGAAAGGAUAAAUAACAGCAAACAGCAGACUCCCCCUUCACCCGUUCACCGCCUCGCCAGUGCAUCCUCCUCCUCUACAGACUCCAAAGCAGACAGAGCGGCUCUAGGAGGGUUGCUUACUUCAUCGUACAGACAGCACCAGGAGUCUUUGGCCGCGGAGAGAGAGAAGAGGCGCCAAGAACGAGAAGAGCGUCUGUUGAAGAUUGAGAGGGAAGAAAGAAAUCGCUUCAACCGAGAUUAUGUGGACAAGAGGGAAGAGGCCAGACAAGCCAGAGAGGAGAGGUACAAGGCUGUAGAGCGACUGGCUGCAGAGGAGUUUGAGCGAGAGCACCCUCGGGUGCCCUUCAGAGGGCGAACAGAGAUCACUUUGUGUUUAAGUCCCAGAUCAGGCAGCCGCUCAGCGUCGCGCAGUACCACCCCAUCCAUCAUCUCACAAGAAGACACAGCCACUACAGCCUGCACCAAGCCAGACCUGGAGCACAGCUCAGAGCCCAGUCUGGACCUACAGACCAGAACCACGAGUCCAGAUUUAAGAGUAACACAGAGCUCCCCCACAGCUCGGCACAAAGACACAUGGGAAAGAGAAAGUAUCAAAGAGAGUACCCAAGGGAGUACCCGAAAGAGUAACCAAGAGAGGGGUGACUUUGAGAGACAGUGUGACCAGGGCCCCACUGCAGAGCCCUCAUCCAGAGAAGAGACAAGUGAGGAGGCAUGUGAGGAGCCAAAGUCAGAGGAGCAGCUCCAGACUGUGGAGGAGCUGGAGGGAGGAGUGCAGGUCGCUGAGGUGGCGGAGACAGAUGUGGACGUGGAGUUGGAUGAGUGUGAGAAAGAGCAGCAGAUGGAGAGAGACGAGGAGGACAGUGUGCUCCUGAGUGAGAAGGAACGACAGAAUGAGGAAGUGAAUGAAAAGGAUAACUGUUCAGCAUCCAGCAUCUCUUCCACCAGCAGCACCCUGGAGAGAGAGGAGCGCGAGGACAGGCUGAGUCGAGACAUCCAAACAGGUCAGCUAAUUCAGUGUGAUGAAGAUAUUCAAGAUGUGAAUGGGAACUGUGACAAAAUCCUCAGUAAUAAACGCUUCAUGCUGGACAUGCUUUAUUCCCAAACAACAGACAACAACAAUGAAGACAGCCCUGAGACGACUGAGACAGAGAGUAGUAAGUGUGAGAAAGGUGUAGAGACAAGUGUGCCUGCUGUGGGCAGCCUGGUGAGCAGGAUCUCCACGUUGGAGGCCCAGAGACAGGCCCGAGAGGAGGCUGUGAAAAAGGGGGAUGUGGGGCAUCGGGACCAUGGUUCAGUCCGAGCUGUGGCAGAGAAGUUUGGAGAUCUGGUCAAAGGACUGGGCUGUCCGUCAGAGGUGGAGAGCCUAAAAGAACAGCAGCAGACUCAGGAGAAAGUGACCAGUGUCCCUGCAGCAUUACCCCCUAAGAAAGAGUCAGACCACAUCUGGGACCAGCUGCUUGCCACACCCCGAGAGCUGCGCAUCAAAGAGAUGGACUUCACAGAUCUGGGGGAUGAAGACGACAUGGACAUUUUAGACAUGGACAAUCUGAUGAGAUCAGGUGACUCUAUACCUGCUCCUCCUCCUCUGCACCACGCUGCACUGCCCCCUCCUCCUCCUCUGUUUGGGUGUCCCCCUCCUCCUCCCAUCUUUGGUAAAAUGAUGCCCCCACCUCCUCCAUUUAUGGCUCCCAUGCCCCCACCUUCGCCCCAGCUCUGCCGAGGGGAUGUUCCUGUGUUCCAAAAGAAGAAGAAGACUAUUCGUCUUUUCUGGAACGAAGUCCGGCCUGUGGACUGGCAGAGCAAGAGCCAUAAAUUUUGUAAGGACUCACUCUGGUCCAAACUAGAGCCCAUCAAACUGGACACAUCCAAAUUGGAGCAGCUGUUUGAGUCUAAGUCCAAGGAGCUGCCUGUCACUAAAAAAGCUACAGUUGAUGGAAAACGACAAGAAAUCAUUGUUCUAGACUCCAAACGAAGUAAUGCAAUAAACAUCGGAUUGACAGUUUUACCUCCCCCUCGCACAAUCAAAACUGCUAUCCUCAACUUUGAUGAAUACGCUCUUAACAAAGAAGGCAUUGAGAAAAUCCUGACCAUGAUCCCAACGGAGGAGGAGAAGCAGAGGAUCCAGGAGGCGCAGCUGAUGAGCCCGGACGUUCCCCUGGGCAGUGCGGAGCAGUUCCUCCUGACCCUGUCCUCCAUCACAGAACUGAGUGCACGGCUGCAGCUGUGGGCCUUCAAGAUGGACUAUGAGCUGAUGGAGAAGGAAGUUGCCGAACCUCUUCAGGAUCUCAAAGAAGGAAUGGACCAGUUAGAGAAAAACAAGACUCUCCGUUACAUUCUGACCACACUGCUCGCCAUUGGCAACUUCCUGAAUGGCACAAAUGCAAAAGGAUUUGAGUUAAAUUACCUGGAGAAAGUUCCGGAGGUGAAGGACACGGUUCACAAACAGUCACUGCUGCACCACGCCUGUGCCAUCGUGGUCGAGAAGUUUCCGGACAGCACUGACCUCUACUCCGAGAUAGGAGCCAUCACACGCCUUACCAAGGUGGACUUUGAUCAGUUACAAGACAAUCUGGCUCAGAUGGAGAGACGCUGCAAAGCAUCGUGGGAUCAUCUGAAGGUCAUCUCUAAACACGAGAUGAAAGCAGCGCUGAAACAAAAAAUGUCCGAUUUCUUAAAAGACUGUGCAGAGAGAAUCAUUAUCCUGAAGGUUGUACAUCGAAGGAUAAUCAAUAGGUUCCAUGCGUUCUUGCUUUUCUUGGGUCAUCCCGUUUAUGGCAUCCGUGAGGUCAGCAUCCACCGCUUUAGUAAAGUCCUGAGUGAAUUUGCCCUGGAGUACCGCACCACGAGAGAGCGCGUCCUGCAGCAGAAACAGAAACGAGCCAAUCACAGGGAGAGGAACAAGACCCGGGGGAAAAUGAUCACAGAUAGUGGUAAAUUUGGCAGUACCACGUCAGACCCCCAGGAGCACCAGCCUCAGGGCCUGGAGUUUGCAGAAAAUGCAGCUGAACAUGAGAACAUGAAAGCAGUGCUGAGGAACGGCUCACAGGGAGGAGACAGCAGCACCAGCACUCUGCCAGGCCUUCGCUCUCGCACCAGGGCCAAUGGUACCAGAGGGCGUGUCCCCCCUUGGUGUACCACUAAUGAUGACCCAGUGAACUGUGUGGAUGACACUGCUGAUGAGAUUAUGGAGAGAAUAGUGAGGUCAGCCACACAGGGGCCGACCCACAGGACCCUGCCCCGAGAGAGGAGGCGCUCACGAGCCAAUCGAAAGUCAUUGAGGAGGACACUGAGAGAUGGUUUGACAACAGAGGAAGCCAAUGCUCUUGGUUUAUCAAGCUCAGAGCUGCAGGUGUGAGUAGGUCCUCACAUGUGGGACUCCUCUGUUAGCACCACACGUUGUACACAGGUUUGAGUGGAGCGGGCCCAAGCAUCGAACAGCAGGUCUCUUAUCUCUGCAUCAUGUUUACGCUGCAGAACCGACAGACUCGACUCAGCUGAUAAAAGGUCUUGACUUUGAUGGGCACCAAAAACACAGCUGCCUUCUAAAGCACUAAGCUUUGCGAUAGCUGGAUAAGCAUAAUAUCUGCACUCACGUAGCUCAGUCACAAGCAUCCUGGAGAGAAAACACAAGUUUUUGUGUAGUUCAAAGGUCCUUGGCCUCAUUUAAUAUUCAGAUGACUGAAUGGUUUGUAUGGCUUCAGCAGCUUUGUAUCUUCAGUAAAAGACAUUGUUGGUAUUGUAUAGUUGAUGGACUUGCAUUUCUGAUUUCCUUUUUACUACUGUAGGUUUUUGUUUUUGGAAAAAGGUGCUCAGAAAGUAAAAUGUGCACUGGAUAUUAACAGUGGGUGUCAAUGAGAGGACUCUACUUGAUAAGUUUAUCUUUUCACUAAUAACCAGCGAUCUUGGGUACAAUGGUUACAAUAUGUAGAUAAGGUUACUUGUUGUCUAGUAAAAGCAAAAACAAAACAACAAAUGUAGUAAAAUGUAACGCAGUUGAGAUGUUUAAAUCACCAUCACACAAAUCAACUGAGCACUAUACAAAGGCUCUUGCAGUGAUACAGCAUCCAGCUACACACUUGGGAAAGCCUCUUAUGAGCAGAUAUUUAUUAUGUUUUCAGGGAGAAUUCAUCUGGAGUCUGUGAGAGCAUGUGUAUUUGUCGCUGUAUUGCAUUUGGAGGAUUUAUCACGUCCUCUUAUUGUUUACUACAGUAGCUUUAUUUAUAACAGUCUUCAACAAGCUUUUGCCUUACUAUAACAUUUGGAUAAAGUGGUCCACAGUUCAAAGGUGUUGUGAUUUUUAGAGGCAUCAUUGAACAUUUAAAAAGACAAAAAGGGGGGUUGUCCUUUUCUUAACAAAUGUAAAAUCACUGUGACAGCAGCUCAGUACAAGUAAAGAUGCAAAUAUUCAACCAUUAUCUGAAUUGGUCAAGUAAAAAUUGCAGUGGAAAAACUCAUUUAAACUACAUGAGCAAUUACUAUUCAGCACCUUAGCGUUUAUGUGUAGCAUGUCACAUGUAGAACCAAAGUAGAACUGAAAUCACUGAAGACAAACUGGUGUUUUGUGAUAAGUGAAAAGGAGACUGCUUUAAAAAUGAUGUAUGUGUAACUACAAUGUUUUGUAAUUUUCCUUUUUGGUCCACAUGUAGAAUAGUGUAUAUUACUAAAAAGCAGUAUUAUUUUAAAUCUAAUUUAUGCAAACCAAGCCAUGCACGGUUUAAAAUGUGUUAAUAAAAGCAAUGCCACUUUGACUUUUGAGUAGGUCUGUGGAAUGUCUCGAGUUUUAUUUUAUUACACAGCUCACAA